AUGUAUUUAUUUAAUUAUAAUAAUAAAUUAAAUAUGUUUAAUGAAGGAGAGAUAAAAACACUGACAGAAGUAGCAAAAAUAUUAUUAUAUAAUGACGGCGUAUACAGAAACAUAGACAAAGUAUUAUUUACACCGGAUGAAUUUAAAAGUAAUCAAAGAUUUAUUACGCAUUGUAUAAUAAAUAAUGACACGUAUAGCAAAUAUUUAGGUAAGUAUGCAUUUAUUAGGCAAUUUCAUAUGCAAGAGGUCAUAUCGUGUGUAUUUUCAGUACUUUCUAUGGUAUGUUCAUUAAAUUGUAUUAUAUAUACAUUGUAUAUAAAGUAUAAGUAUAUAAACAAGAGUAAUAACGCAGUGUGUAAUAAGUCAUAUAAUAAUAAUAGUACAGGAUAUAAUACGCAUAGUAGAAUAAGUAAUAAUUUAUAUAGUAAUAAUAGCACAGUGUGUAAUAAGUCAUACAAUAGUACAGGAUAUAAUACGCAUAGUACAAUAAGUAUCACUAAUAAUACUAUGUAUAAUAUAUUAUACACAAUACGUACUAUUAAUAAUACAUUAAUUAAUAAGUUAUACCCAUACAAUACUAAUAAUAACACUAUAGAUAAUAAGUUGUACACAUACAUUAAUAUAUUAUUAAUAUAUUACAUUAUUAACACAAUCACAUGGUUAUCCAGUGGAUUAUUUCAUAUUAGAGAUAUAUAUAUUACACAAUGUGUAGAUUAUUUUAGUGCCAUACUAAGUAUUUUUACAUCUAUAGCAAUAAGUCUUUAUAGAUUAUACUUAAUUAAUACACAUUGUGUAUUAAGUAUUAUAUGGUUUAUACAUAUACUGUAUAUGCUUAAUAAUUUUAAUUUCUUGUAUAAUUCUAUAAUUUGUGGUGUAUUUUACUGUUUAAAUGUGAUCCUGUGGUAUAUUUGGUAUACAUCUAUUAAGGAAUAUUCUUACAGUAGAAUAUUAGUGCUAAUUAUAUCUGGGAUGUGUAUUAGUGUCCUAUUCCAAGUGAUUGAUUUUGGUCCUAUUUAUUUCUUAUUAGACUCACACGCACUGUGGCAUAUUUUAGGGUUUAUAUUCAGUACAUUCUUAUACGUAUUUAUUAUUAUAGACUUAUACUAUAUUAAAGAUAUACUGUACAAUAUAUAAUAAGUAAUAUAUAAUACACAUAGUAUAAAUAAUAAUAUGGCAUAAUACAACUUAUUAUACCAUACAUAAUAAAUACC